AUGUCUUCGCAUCAAGCGGCCGCGGUUCAGGGCGCUGAGGGACAAGGAAGACAGAGCAACGGCGCAAGUUGCGCGGAAACUGCGAACAAUGGAGUCAUGGGAACUCGAGGGUGCGCCCUGGACUCUGCGGAGCCUGCCGUGCAACUCGCCGAGAUGACGGCACCCUCGUACCCCCUGGACUUGGCGGGCCGGCUGAAGCCUGCGAUGCUCGUGCUGGCUGAUGGCCGCGAGUUCCUCGGUUACUCCUUUGGCCACCCCAGCAGCAUCGGCGGCGAGGUCGUUUUCAACACGGGUAUGGUCGGCUAUCCCGAGUCCCUGACCGACCCGUCCUACGAAGGUCAAAUCCUCGUCCUCACUUACCCACUCAUCGGGAACUACGGCGUGCCUUCCGCGGAGAAGGAUGAGCACGGGCUGCCGAAGUACUUUGAGGGAGACCGCAUUUACGUGCGGGCGCUUGUCGUGGCGGACUACGACGAGGGCGCUGUGACCGGUCACUUCCGCGCCGAAAACAGUCUCGCGGCGUGGAUGCAGAAACACAAAGUGCCUGCUAUUGCAGGCGUGGACACGCGUGCGCUGACGAAGCACCUGCGGGAGGUCGGCUGCAUGCUGGGGAAGAUCGUCAUUCUAGACGAAGACGACGAGAGGCAAGCCGGCUUGUCGCUGUCUGCGCUCGCCGCGGUGCCGGUCCAGGGGGGCGAGGCGGGCGCCGUCGAACGGCUGAAGGCGCGCAGAGAGGUGGCGGGAAAGUGGGACGCUGCGCUGAGAGCCAAGGCGAAGAACGUACCCUGGCAGGAUCCGAACGAAGAAAACCUGGUCGCAGUCGUGUCGCACAAGGAAGUCCGCACGUACAGGUCGAAUGUCCGCGACCCGAACUCGCGCGACGUGCUGAUCCUCUGCGUGGACUGCGGCAUGAAAUACAACAUCUACCGUCAGCUGCUCCACAGCAAGUUCGAGCACUGCAACGUCUCGCUGAAGGUUGUUCCGUGGGACUACGACUUUGGAGACGAGGAAUUUGAUGGUCUGUUCAUCAGCAACGGGCCUGGAGACCCCGCGCAGUGCGAGCAAACGGUCCAAAACGUCAAGCGCGUCAUGGAGCGGAAGAUCCCCAUCUUCGGUAUUUGUCUGGGAAACCAACUUCUGGCCCUGGCUGCAGGCGCGCGCACGUACAAGAUGAAAUACGGAAACAGAGGCAUGAACCAGCCCGUGAUUGACUUGAGGACGACGCGCUGCUACAUCACCCCCCAGAACCACGGUUUCGCUGUCGAUGAGAGCACCUUACCCAGCGACUUCUUGCCGCUCUUCGUCAACGCAAACGAUCGCUCGAACGAAGGCAUUAUCCACCGCACGCUGCCCUUCUUCUCGGCGCAAUUCCACCCUGAGGCGUCUGGCGGUCCGACGGAUACUUUCUAUUUGUUUGACGAUUUCCUCGCCUCGAUCAUGAAGGCCCAGACGCUCAAGCAAGUUCACACCAUCCCGUUCUCGUUCCCGCAGACCUACCGAAAAGUGUUGCUGCUCGGAAGUGGAGGCCUGAGCAUCGGCCAGGCAGGCGAGUUCGACUACAGUGGCUCGCAGGCGAUCAAGGCGCUAAAGGAGCAGAACAUCACCGUCGUCGUCGUGAACCCGAACAUUGCGACUGUGCAGACGAGCAAGCACAUGGCUGACAAGGUGUACUUCCUCCCCGUCACUGUCGAGUUCGUGACCAAGGUCAUUCAGAAGGAGCGACCCGACGGAAUUCUCUGCACAUUCGGCGGUCAGACGGCACUGAACUGCGCGGUCAAGCUGCACGAAGAAGGAAUCCUGGAGCGCUACGGCUGCCGGGUCCUCGGAACCCCGAUCGAGGCAAUUAUCGCCACCGAAGAUCGCAAACUGUUUGCGGCGAAGCUGGCGGAGAUCGGCGAGAAGGUCGCAGAGAGCGCCGCAGCAACGAGCACCGAGGAAGCCGUACAGGCUGCCAACGCCAUCGGCUACCCCGUCCUCAUUCGCGCAGCUUUCGCGCUCGGCGGUUUGGGCUCCGGUUUCGCGGAGGACGAGGAGGCAGUGCGCCAGAUCUGCAAGGAGGCCUUCGCCCACUCCCCCCAGGUAUUUGUUGACAAGAGUCUGAAGGGCUGGAAGGAAGUGGAGUACGAGGUCGUCCGCGAUUGCAAGAACAACUGCAUCACGGUUUGCAACAUGGAAAACCUCGAUCCGCUCGGUAUCCACACCGGAGACUCGAUUGUCGUGGCGCCUUCUCAGACUCUCUCCAACGUGGAGUACUACCGCCUGCGCGACACGGCGCUGAAGGUCAUUCGGCAAUUUGGCGUAGUCGGCGAGUGCAACAUUCAGUACGCGCUUGACCCGAACUCGGAGAAGUACUACAUCGUCGAAGUCAACGCCCGUCUCUCCCGAAGCAGCGCGCUCGCCUCGAAGGCGACUGGAUAUCCUCUGGCCUACAUCGCCGCAAAGCUUGCUCUUGGAUCCACUCUGGUUGAGCUGAGCAAUUCCGUCACGAAGGAGACCACUGCGUGCUUCGAGCCCUCGCUGGAUUACGUCGUCACGAAGGUGCCUCGAUGGGAUCUGCGAAAGUUCGAUUCGUGCGACCCGUUCAUGGGCAGUGCGAUGAAGAGUGUCGGCGAAGUCAUGGCCAUCGGACGCACGUUUGAGGAGUCGCUCCAGAAGGCGCUCAGAAUGGUUGAGGAGAAGGCCGCGGGCUUCGAUGAGUCCAUGUGUCACUUCUUCUCGCGCCCUCCGGCGCGCAACUCCUUGCUCUUGGCCGCAGACUCGCCCACGUCGGCGCCGACCACGGCCGGGAGCCCAACGGCCGGCGCGGAGGCGGCGAAGGCUCUCACGCAGUGUGAGCAGCUCGAGGAGGAGCUCCUGCGCCCUUCGCCGAACCGCAUCUGGGCCCUGGCGCUCGCGCUGCAGAUGGGCUGGAGCGUCGAGACGCUCCACGAGAAGACCAAAAUCGACAAGUGGUUUCUCAGCAAACUGCAAAACAUCGCAGACAUCAAGCGCCAGCUCGCGCAGCUCACGCUCGAGGACCUCAGCCGCAGCGACCUCUUCUACGUCAAGAAAUACGGUUUCAGCGACCGGCAGAUCGCGCACUACCUGAGACCGAGCGCAGGCCUGCUGACGCAGUUCGACGUGCGCAAGCGCCGCCUGAGUCUCGGCGUGCGCCCAUUCGUGAAGCAGAUCGACACGCUCGCCGCGGAGUUCCCUGCGCACACAAACUACUUGUACCUGACGUACCAGGGGUUGGAGGACGAUGUGGCGCCUCUCGUCCCGUUCCAAGGCUUCUCCGCGGCUGCGAGCUUCGGCGACGGCUACGAGCUCAAGGAGAGUCAGGGCGCUAAGCGCGGAGACGGCGAGGAGGGCGACGAGAGCAUCCUCUGCCAGCUCGGACGCAGCCGAAGCGUCGCGAACUUCCUUUCGCAGAGACAAGACUCCGGCGCCAAGCAGUGCUUCGUCGUGCUCGGCUGCGGUUGCUACCGCAUCGGCUCCAGCGUCGAGUUCGACUGGUCGGCGGUCUCCUGCGUCCGCACACUGCGCUCGCUUGGCCACCGUGCCAUUGUGGUGAACUGCAACCCUGAGACUGUGUCGACGGACUACGACGUGAGCGACCGCCUCUUCUUCGAGGACUUGAGUCUGGAGACCGUCCUUAACAUAUGGGACUUUGAGGCCCCCACCGGCGUCAUCAUUUCGGUCGGCGGGCAGACGCCCAACACGCUCUGCUCUCAGCUGGAGAAGCACGGCGUGAGCAUCGUGGGCACCAGCGUCGCCUCGAUCGACUGCUGCGAGGACCGCCACAAGUUCUCGCGCCUCUGCGACGAACUGAACAUCGACCAGCCCCGCUGGAAAGAAUUCACCGACCUGAAAACUGCGAAGUCCUUCUGCCAAGAGGUGGGCUACCCCGUCCUGGUGCGCCCGUCCUACGUGCUCAGCGGCGCCGCGAUGCGCGUCGUGACGGACGACGAGCAGCUCGACGCGUUCCUCAAGAUCGCGGCCGUCGUCAGUGGAGAGUCCCCCGUGGUCAUCUCCAAGUUUGUCGAGAACGCGAAGGAGGUCGAGUUCGACAGUGUCGCCUGCCGCGGAGAAAUCGUCAACUUUGCCAUCAGCGAGCACGUCGAGAACGCGGGCACGCACUCUGGCGACGCGACGCUUAUUCUCCCCGGGCAGAAGCUCUACGUGGAGACCAUUCGACGCGUCAAGAAGAUCUCCCAGAAGCUCGCUCGCGCGCUCCAGGUCUCAGGACCAUUCAACAUUCAGUUUGUCUGCAAGCAGAACGACGUCAAGGUUAUUGAGUGCAACCUGCGAGCGUCGCGUACCUUCCCCUUCAUCAGCAAAACCUUCAACGUCAACCUCAUUGACCUAGCGACCAAGGUUAUGAUCGGCGCGCCAGUUGCGCCUCUGCCGAUUCACCUAAUGGAUCUCUCUUUCGUCUGCGUGAAAGUGCCAGUCUUCUCGUUCGCACGGCUGCGCGGCUGCGACCCUAUUCUUGGAGUCGAAAUGCGUUCGACUGGAGAGGUUGCCUGCUUCGGAAGCAACAAGCACGAGGCUUUCCUUAAGGCCUUCGUGUCCACGGGUGUCGAGCUUCCGCUCAAGCAGCGCUCCAUCCUCCUCAGCACAGGGCCGCUCUCGGCGAAGGUGGAGCUGGAGCAGUACAUCAAGGUCCUCCUGGGCAUGGGCUUCACUCUGUACGCCACCGAAGGAACCUACGAGUACCUGGUCAACAGCCUGUCCGGCGCAGAUGCUGAGCACACAGACUCGGUGGGCUCGCGCGCCCUCGCCGCUGACGGGGCAGCCAAGUUGACGGAGUACCUGAAGCAAGUCGUCUGCGUGCGCAAACCGCUCGCGACCAGCCUCAAGGAGGAGCAGCAGAAGGACCGCGACCUGCUGCCCGACGCUCUUCACGUGAUUGAAAGCGGCAAGGUGGAGAUGGUCAUCAACGUGCCCGAGAGCCUCAACAGCCGCGCCGCGACGAACGGCUACCUCAUUCGCCGCACGGCGAUCGACUGCGGCGUGCCGCUGCUCACGGACAUCAAGGUCGCGAGUCUGUUUGUCGAGGCCCUGCAGAAGAAGCAGGCGAAGGAGGCCCAAGGGCGCUUCUUCUGGGAGGUCCGCAGCUGGGAUGAGUACUGGCCGCGGAAGUGA